UUGGUGACAGGGAGAGAAGAAAAGGAGUCGGGGGAGAGUGGUAAGGAGUUUUUCGCUUUUGCUUUCACUGCAAACCUAAGCUCGGCGACAGAAAGAGAAAGAGAAACUCUUGGCGCGCUCAGCGGAACCCUAGAAUCUCAGGCGACCCCUUAUUGGGGCGGCGUUCCUUCAAAGCCACCCAAACUCUGAUCAGAGACACAUACAGACAGAGAUGAGCCGACCACGAGAUCUACGCCACCCUCCGCGACUGCAACAUGGACCCUGACGAAGCUGUUACUCGCCUCCUCUCACAAGAUACUUUUCAUGAGGUGAAGAGCAAACGAGAGAAGAAAAAAGAGAGUAAGGACCCAGCUGAUUACAGGCCUAGUGGGACAAAUAACACGUCGAAUCGUGGUGGUGCUAGGACUGGCACAGAUCGCCAUGGUGGACGUAGUGGCACAAACCAGUUCAGCAGUAGUGAUGCUGGUCUGCUGGGAAAACCUGUAUACAAGAAGGGAAAUGGAACUCCUGCUUAUGGAGGCUCUGCACCCGGUUUGUUGGGGAAUAAUGGGAACAGGCAACUACCAUCCUACAGUGAUUCUGUGACUACUGAAAAUAAAACAUCUGCAUUAGGAAUGGGUGAUGCAGUAUCAUCGUCAUCACAACAGGGUGGAUUGCAAUCUCCAUGGGUGCGGAAUGCUGGUCAACUUUCAAUGGCUGACAUUGUUAAGAUGGGUAGACCACAGACCAAGGUGCCUAUGCAUAACUCUUCUCUCCACAGUGGUCAUCAUCAAAAUGCUGUGGCCCCUCCAGCACCAUUGGAUUAUAAUUCCCAAUCAUUUCAAGGCCAUGCUUCCAAGAUUUCAGAGACAAAUACUGAUCAAGGCUAUGCUAGCGUACCACAGGAUGAUGAAUGGCCUCGUAUGGAGAACCAACAAGAUAUUAGUGUAUCUACUGCUGUUGAUCCACAAGUAAAUUCAGAAUAUGAUGGUGAAGCUAAUUGGCACCAGAGGACUCACCUAGAAGAACAUGUAGCUGAUGAUGGUUCUGUUGAGAAUGCAGACAAUACUGAAUCUGCUUCUAUUUCUGCUAAAAGUACGUCAGAAGAUAACACAGGAGCCGAAGAUGGUAUUUCAUCAGUAACUGCAAACAUGGGGCAGCUAAAUUUACAGAGAGACAACAGUGCAACGGAACCAGAUGAGGACAAUCCUUCUUUAGUAAUUCCAGAUCACCUGCAGCUCCAUACUCCAGAAUGCUUGAAUCUGAGCUUAGGAAGUUUUGGGCCUGCGAACAAUGCUUCCCUUUCGGGACCUGCCUCAUAUGCAUCUGGGCCCUUCAAAAGUAACUUGGACGAUGCAUCUGCACCGGCAGAUGUUUCAGCCAUUGGAUCCUUAGAAACUAGAAAUCCAGAGUAUUACAGGGAUGAGCAUCUUGCUACUACCUCAGGUGAAAAUUUAGUUCAUGGAAAUGGUGUGAAUGUUGAAACAUAUGAACAAGCAUCUGUUUCCCAAGAGGCUUUAAAACCUCAACCCCCUGAAGCUGCUCAGGAGAAUCAAUAUUCAUUUCCUUCAUCCUCGCAUGGAUUUAAUUAUGAAACCGCACAACAACCAGAGGUCCCAUUCCCUCAACCGCAGACAAGCUUGCCGAUGCAAAACCUAGGUCCCUUCUCUAAUGUAAUGCAGGCGUAUACAAAUUCUUUGCCCAGUUCUCUGUUGGCUUCAACAGUUCAAACUGCAAGGGAGGAUAGUCCAUACUCACCUUUCCCUUCAGCAACACAAUCAAUGCAUGCAAAAUAUGGCAACAUCACUUCUUCAAUUGGCGGUCCUUCCUUAUCAAUGUCAGAGGCUCUAAGAUCAGGUGGCAUUUCUGCACCUCAACCCAAUCCACAGACGCUGCCUGGUGGCAAUGUUGCUACCGGACCUGGGCUCCCUCAACAUGUGGCUGUGCAUCCGUAUAGCUAUCCUAUCUUGCCUCAGAGCUAUACGUAUAUGCCAUCGGCUUUUCAGCAGGGCUUUGCUGGAAAUAGCACAUACCCCCAGUCUCUGGCAGCAUUGCUUCCUCAAUAUAAAAAUGGUGUUUCUGUCAGUAUGACUCAGUCUACUGCUAUUCCACCUGGAUAUGGGUUUGGAAGUUCAACAAACGUUCCUGGAGGAAAUUUUCCUUUGAACCCCCCUACUGCUCCUACUGGAACAACCAUUGGAUAUGAUGAUGUUAUAAAUUCCCAGUUUAAGGACAACAGUCAUAUGAUGUCACUACAACAGAAUGAGAACUCUGUAAUGUGGCCUCAUGGACCUGGAUCACGAUCAGUGUCUGCACUUCCUCCCAGCAUGUAUUUCAACUUGCCGGAACAGAAUCAACAAGGUGGAUUUCGGCAAAGACAGCAGCAGCCUUCACAGAAUUUUGGAUCCCUUGGAUACCCUAAUUUCUACCAGUCUCAGGCUGGCGUUUCUUUGGAACCUCAGCAGCAGCAGCAUCAGCAUCCUAGGGAAGCAAACUUGGGUGGUUCACAAAACCAACCAGCUAAGCAGUCCCAGCAGUUAUGGCAAAACAGCUACUAAUCCUAAUCACUACCCAGUUUUUCAGGGUUCUGAUGUGAGUUUGUAAGUGACGAAUUAGAGGCAUUUCCACGGUCUAUACGGCCAAAUGUGUUACUGUUUGGUCUGAAGGGACCAUGAUUGGCUGCUGCCCGCUGCCACGAGGGUGUAUUUUACAUAAAUUAUGUUUGUCAUGUUUAACGUAGGUACUAAGUGUGCUAAUUUGGUUUAUUUGGUACAUCUUUUCUAUUUAGUAUCAUGGUUAUAGUUAAAAAAAUCUUUUGUUCCUAUCUAC